AUGUUUAACGAUUUGUUUUGCAAAUAUCAGACAAUAACUACUCAGAGAUAGGCUACCACAACACCUAUUCCAGUGAAGUAGAAAAAUGGUGGCCACACUCAUAUUUGGGGAGAUUAUAAUUAUGACUUUAGCUUCAAUACCUAAGGUGAAUCUUUAUAUUAAACAAGCAUAGUCUAUGCUAAUGCCGAGGGAAGCCCUGGCCUUCCGAUCCCAAUCAAAUGCUCAUGGUUUAGAAUCAAGAAUGAACGGACAUACUAAAUUCCAGAAAUAUCAAGCAAUGUCUAUUAGCUGUCAGCCGAGGAUAUUGGAUGCAAGAUUAGAAUCGAAGCCACUCCCCAAGAUGAGGACAGCUAUCAAGGCAAAGCUUUUGGAGAGUUUGGACCAAUUGAGCUCGAUCCAUCUGCACGUCAAACUCUUGAAUAUGUUCUAGGAACUGGUGGAUCAUAAUUCCCUAUUUCAGUUUUGCUUCAUGGUAGUGAUACAAAUUUCCACAAGAGAGGUAAUUCGAGAAGUCUGAAAGAAAAUCAAUAUGAGUCAGAUGAAUUGGAAUCUAUAGAAGCUAAUCUCUAUGUAAAUUCUCACGUCAUAAAAAUUUGCUUCAAUGAUUCCUAUGGGGGCACUGCAAAUGAGGAUGCAAUUGCUUUAAAAUACACAAUUGACUAUCCAAGAAUUGAGUUACAUCCUUAUGAUACUUUCAGAUUUAAGAUUUUCUACACAGAUGAUAAAAUAGAAGCAAAAUAUGACUUUAACAAAUGUAUUGAGGUUAGAGCAUUGAGUAGGUAAUCAAGAGAUCUUAUUGCUUUAGCCAUAAAGUGCUUCUCUGCUCAUACUUACUUCAUUAAUUCUAAAAUUAUCUCUAAUACAACAAUUAGUGCUGUACUACUAGAGUUAGAAUUUGUGAAAAGGGAACUUUAUAAUCAAAUUAAUUUUGCUAAGGAUCUUGACAAGGAAAAGUAGCUAUUGAAAUCAGAUAUGCGAAAAAUGGAGGAGGAAAUGCAAAUCACAAUUGAAAGCUAUAAAAACAUUUUAGAAAGUUUUGAGUAGAAUGACUAAACUGACACAGUAAAGAUUAAAAAGGAGAUGGUAGCUAUGCAAAGGUAAAUUGAAGAUCUUUAGAGAGAUAGACAGAGGGCUAUUGAUAAGAAAAUAGUGGCAGAAGAUGAAUAAAAGAACUUAAGAGCAAAGGUUGAAGAAUACAUCAGAAUAGAGUCAAGCCUUAGGGAGGAGAUUGAAAAUAUAAGCAAUUAAAUGGGAGUACCUAAGCAGGAAUAUGAUAAAGUCAGAUAAAACUUGCAUUUAAGAGAAAAGGAGAUAUCUGAUCUCCAAAGAUAGAUAAAUGGAAUGUAAAAUGAUCUGAGGCAGUAGCUACAAUUAGUAGAGAGAUUAAACUCAUAGCAAGAUUAACUUCAAAAGGAGAGAGAUGAAAUUUAAUAAUAUUUACAGAUGAAAGAGGACGAAGUGGCUUAACAAAGAGUAGAACUUAGAAAGCUAGUUCUUUAAUUAUAAGAAUAAUAGUAAAUGAAUCAGUAACCUGUAAUAGAUACAGCCCAAGUCUAAUAAUUAGAAUAAAGAAUCAAGGAUUUGACUGAUGAAAAUGAAUCUUUGCUAGUUCAGAGAAAGACCUUAACCAAAAACAAGGAUAGUGUUGUCAAGGAUUUGGAAAAGGUAAAGAAAGAAUUCAAUGAGAUGAAAGCAGAUUAUGAGUAAAAUAUUCAAAGACUAAAAUAAGCAAAUGAUCGUAUGAUAGAAUAAAAUAACUAAAGUGAACUUGAAAAAGAUUAAAUCAUUCAAUAGAAGCACCAACUACUGGAAAAGAUUGGACAUUUAGAGAAUUAAAUGACUGUUGAAAGAGAAUAAAAUGAGAAACGAAUUUAGGAAAUUGAGGAGAGCCAUACGAAAGAAGGUCAGAAAAAGAAAAUGGGCAUUUUUGCUGCGAUGCUUGACGAUGAUGAAGAUUCCAUAGAUAUUGAGAAAGUAGAUGCUGAGUGUCAAACUUAUAGGGUAGAAACAAAAGGUAUCAAUAUUUAGACUGACCCAAUCAAAGAGCCAGUUCCAGCUGCUAAGAAAGAGGAGAAGAAGUAAGAGCAAUUACCAAGCAAUAGGUCAAGCAGAGCCUCUAUUGAUUAAAAGAGUGCUACUAAGCAAACACCAUUAAAACAGUCACGAGUAGCAAACAUUACCCUAGAUCAAUCCUUCUCAAAGAAUUAACAGAAUAUGAUCGUAGGAAACAACCAGAAUCCUUAACUAGCAAAAUCAGUAUCACUUCAAGUAGAAAAUGCCAAGGAGAAGGAGAUAGAAAAUAAAAAUAAACAGCUGAGUGAGAUGUAAAGCAGGAUUGAUAAAAUGGAAUCUGAGAUGAGUUCUUGGAAACAGGAGAGAAAUGCUGAGAAAACUCAAUCCAUGAAAUAAAUUAGUGAUCUUUCAAUGUAGAAUCAGAUGAAUUUAGUUGAGAAGCAAGAAAAAGAAGGUUGUAUUAUCAGAUUAAAGGAAUUGAUUGAGGACAGAGAUUUCCAAAUUGAAAAUUUGGUCAAAGAAAUUGAAAGACUCUCUGGAAGACUCUGCGCAGCUGAAAGCAAGUUAUUUGAACUUGAAGCAUGA